AGCGGCGGAGCGGGCGCUGCUGCGCGAGGCGGGAGGCGGGAGGCGGGAGGCGGGAGGCGGGAGCCCUGCCCGGAUGCUGGACGCGAGCUCGCCCCGCACCCGGCCGCCCGGCAGCGCCAUGUCGCUAGCGGAGGACUCAGACGCGGACGCGCCGUCGCCGGCGGGCUCGGAGGGCGCGGGGCGCGGGCCGGGCGACGAGCGCUUCCCCGCCUGCAUCCGCGACGCGGUGUCGCAGGUGCUGCGGGGCUACGACUGGAGCCUGGUGCCUAUGCCAGCGCGGGGCGGCGCGCUCAAGGCCAAGCCGCACGUGAAGCGGCCCAUGAACGCCUUCAUGGUGUGGGCGCAGGCGGCGCGCCGCAAGCUGGCCGACCAGUACCCGCACCUGCACAACGCCGAGCUCAGCAAGACGCUGGGCAAGCUGUGGCGCCUGCUGAGCGAGAGCGAGAAGCGGCCGUUUGUGGAGGAGGCCGAGCGCCUGAGGGUCCAGCACAAGAAGGACCACCCGGACUACAAGUACCAGCCGCGCCGCAGGAAGAGCGUGAAGGCCGGCCAGGGCGACUCGGACUCGGGCGCUGAGCUGGGCCACCCGCCAGGCGGAGCCGGGUACAAGGCGGACUCCGGGCUGGGAGAUGUGCAGCACCACGGAGACCACACAGGGCAGACCCAUGGGCCGCCCACCCCGCCCACUACCCCCAAGACGGAGCUGCACCCUGGGGCCAAGCCAGAGCCGAAGGCGGAGGGGCGCCGCCUGCUGGACGGGGGGCGCCAGAACAUCGACUUCAGCAACGUGGACAUCUCAGAGCUGAGCAGCGACGUCAUGGGCCACAUGGACGCCUUCGACGUGCAUGAGCUCGACCAGUACCUGCCGCUCAGCGGCCAUGCCACCCUGUCCACCGAGCCUGGCCCACCUGCCGCUGGCAGCUACGGGGGUGCCACCUACACACACCCCUCGGCCCCAGGCUGGGCCCCCAAGGCAUCCCCGGCCACCACCACGUCCCCCUGCGAGGCCACCCCUCGGCCUCACAUCAAGACGGAGCAGCUGAGCCCUGGUCACUACGGCGAGCCUGCCCGCACCUCCCCAAGCCGUGCCGACUUCGGCUCCUAUGCCACCCCUACCACUGGCUCCUUUGGGGCCAGCAGCGCGCAGUGUGACUACACUGACCUGCAGGCCCCCGGCUACUAUGGCCCAUACCCCGGCUACCCAUCCAGCCUUUACCAGUACUCCUACUUCCACUCAUCCCGCCGGCCCUAUGCCUCGCCCCUGCUCAAUGGGCUGUCCUUGCCGCCUGCACACAGCCCCCCCAGUAACUGGGACCCACCUGUCUAUACCACCCUGACCCGGCCCUGAGCCUCAGGGGCCGGGACCCUGUGGCCCUGUGUCUUGGGGCCUGGGAGGGGGGUGGGCUGGUGACCUGGGGGCCCAUGGUCCUAGGGCCUAGUGACUGGGGUUCAAGUUCCAGGGCCUGGUGUCUUGGGGCUCUGGUGACUUAUGUGUUCGGGUCCCAGUGUCUUGGCAUCUUGGGGGCCAGGAGCUGCCCCGCUUCCCACACUUCCAACCAUUGGCCCCUUGCCCUGCAGGCACUUGGUGCCCUGUCUCAGCAGAUGAGACAUAGUGGCCACAGCCCAAAGGACAGAAGUGAUGGGGAGGAUGAGGUGGAAGUUUUCGGGCCAGCUGUGCUACAGGACCUGCCAGCCCCUUCCCCAGACCCCCAGAAUUCCUAGGACCACCGUCUGUGGCACUGGCUGUCUCGGGGCUGAGCUGGCUAAUUCUGGACAAGGCUGGGCUCCGGGGGCAUGCCUCCAGGCUUCGCAUCUUACUUGAGUUUUUAGUGUUGAUCUCCGAAGCUUAAACGUGUUUGCUUUGUUUUGAGAGUUGUUCAAAUGUAUUUAUGUUCUGUUUUAUUUUGUCUGUAAUAACCGAAGCGAUUGGUGAAGGAACAGGAUGAGAAUGAGAUAGAGUUGGGGGAGGAGGGCAGGUGGGGCUGGGCCCUGCUUUUUUUUGGGGGGGGGCUGAGGGAGGAGCUGGGGUUGUAGGCAGCACUCCUGCCCACUGUGGUGCCUGGGUGGGGUUCCUCGGACCUGGGGUCACUGCCUGCUAGGCUCUGAGCAGAGCAGCCUCCACGAAGCAAUCCAGAAGCCUCCUUUCAGAAGAGGAGCACCUCCAAGCAGCCAGGACAUCAUGUCACAGAAACUUGUGCCUUGAAAUCUUUGUACACAGGACAUGCCUGGGGACUUGCUUCUUUGUAUUUUUCUACUCUUUCCUACCUUUUUUUUUUUCUAGAAAAAAACAAAAACAAAAAAGCCUUAGCAUAUGUCUUUCUGGGGUUGGGGUAGGGAGCCCCGGCUUGGCUGACUGGUGGCCAGGUCCUGUGAGCCCUCCUGCCAUGCUCCGAUGUGUCUCACCACCACUUUCUGACAAGCAGCGCUAACUUUUGUGCAGAAUGAUUUGAAAAGACUUUAAAAUGCUUCCUGUC